AUGAAGAUGUCCUUAAAAUAAUAAAAUUUGGGGAUUCACGAUCCAAAUGAAUUAAAAUUAUCUGAUUAGGAGUAUAUUCCAUUUUACCUUAGAAAAUCUAUUGUAAGUAUACUUAGAUCCGGAAAUGCAUUCUUAAAUGAAUCUUUAAGAGUGACUUAAGGAGCAUCGAUUGGAUAAAUAUUGAUUUAAGGAAAUGAAAAGACAUCUAUGCCAAUGUAUUCUUUUGAGAAACUUCCUGAGAACAUUAAUGAAUAACAAAUUAUUUUGGUUGAUUCAAUUCUUGAAAUAGGAGCAAGUGCAAGCAUGGCAUUAAGAAUAUUAUAAAAGUAUGGUGUAAAGGAAGAAAAUAUCAUAUUUUUAACUUUGGUUAGUUGUGAAUAAGGUUUGAAUAAAGUCUUUAAAGAAUUUCCAAAUAUUAAAAUCAUAACAGCUCAAUUUAAUCCUAAAUUGAUAAACGAUGUUAGUUAUUGUGCUUCAGGAAUAGAAGACUUUGGGGAUAGGUAUUUCGGAACUGUUAAAAAGCUUACAUGUGCUGAAAGAUUUGAUAUGCCAUAUUUAUAUAUGUAACAUAUUAAUUAUUAUUAUGAAAUUAAUAUAUUCCUUACUAUUCUUAAAGCUUACAAGUUUUAUUCCUCUCUCAGAAUAAAAUUAAGACAAGGAGAAUUCAAACUAUAUUAUAAUUUAACGAAGCAAGCUAUUAUUUUAUAUAUUUUGCCUAAAAUGUUUAUUUAAUAGUCAAAACAUUAGCCAAAGCAGAAAACUCAAAUAUAUGAUAAGUAAGAAAUCGAAAUAAGCAAAGAUCUGCAGUUUUUCGAUUGA